AUGUCUCUCGACCCUGUGAUUCCCACUAUCGACUUGUCCUCCGACUCACCGGAAAAACAAGCUCAAGUGAUCAAAGACGCUCUGGGAUCAGUAGGUUUCUUCGCGGUACUGAACGGUGGACCAAAGGUGGAAGAUAUAGACGCGUUAUUCGAAUAUUCUAAAGACUUUUUCGCCUUGCCUAUGGAGGAGAAGGAGAAGUUCCUCGCUGGACCAUCUGGAUCAGGAUAUACCAAGUUACUCUCUCAGGCUUUAGGAGAGGGUAAGAGGGAUCAUAAGGAAACAUUCUCAUAUGGUAAAUACUGCGGUAUCGAAGAACAACCUAUGCCCAAUCCUUUUUCAGUCCCCGAUACAAUUGCGUUACAAACGAUAAGAAGGUUUUACAAAGAUUGUCAUGAGGUCAGUGAAAAGUUGAUGGAAUUAUUCGCUCAAGCUUUAGAGUUACCCGAAGACCAUUUCAGACAAUCUCAUUCAUUCGGUCUCAAUACAGCCAUGUCCUUGAUCCAUUAUCCUUCGUUAGACAUGGAAGGGAAAAAGCAAUUGGGUGAAAAGGACAUACGAGCAGGAGCUCAUCGAGAUUGGGGUACACUCACAUUAUUAUUCCAAUCUACCAAUCCUUCUUUGCCAGCGCAACCAGGAUUGGAAGUUUAUCUGCCCAAAUCUGCUAUUUACAAAGCUACCAAAUCCAGUCUGGCCGCCAAAACUACAUUAGAAUCAAAGGACCAUGACUCUGCUUCAACCGAUUCAUAUUAUACGAUCGAUUCCGACGGAUAUGAAUGGCACCCUGCACCUGUACCUCCCAGAGGAGGGUUCCUGGUCAAUGUAGGUCUGGCAAUGGAAUUAUGGUCCAGUGGGAUCUAUAAAGCUACUCUGCAUCGAGUCGGCUUUCCAAAUUCAAUAUCAUCCCACUCCGAAACCGAACAGGACGAAAAGGAAGAAGCGGGAUUGGUAGAUAGAUAUUCAUUAGCAUUCUUCGUUCAACCUGACGAUAAUGUUGAACUCAAUCCGAUCUUACCUGGAGGUAAAAUCGAUUAUACCAAGAAAGCAAUUACCUCUGGCGAAUUAUUCAAUACGAAGUUGAAAGAAAGUAUGGACAGGUCUAAGAAUAUUCCUAUUCCCGACAAAUCAGAAUGA